AUUGUUAACACUUAAAUUUAGAAAAUUUUUAAAUAGGCUAACAUCUAACAAUUUAUCGGUGUAAAUGAAAUGAAUAGGAGUCUAUGGGUAAAGAAAGAAAUGAAGAAGAGAUGGGAAAAUGAAAUUAUAUAAUUUUUGAACUUCAUAUAAUAACAAUAGAAAUAAUCGCUUUUAAGGCACUAUAUUGUGAAAUACUUAUGUUCUAGUUAUAAAUUUAAAGUAAAUAAGGAAAUAUAAAGCUACACUAUGAUAUGUUAAGAGUGCUUGAAAAAAUAAAUGAAAAAGAAUCACAAAAUGUAAGGAAAGAUCGUUUAACAUUUGAUUGUUAAAUUAAAAUUGAAGCUCAAACGAAACUUGUAAUGGAAUUUUACCAUUUGGAAGUUAAUAUGAU